UCUUUCGAUGUCACUGGAACACCACCCCAGCCUCUGCAUAAAGUCAUAAGCUUCUUUUAUUAUUAUAAUUUCUCUCUCUCUCUCUCCGGCCGCUAGUUCAAGAACACUUUUGUGACUGGACCUCCACAGUGGCCAUAGCUUAGAGAAACCUAGAAAACACAGGUGAAGAGGAGGAGAGUGUCUAAAAAAUGGGUGUAACAAGUCCACUCAAAGGCCAAUCUCACUCUCGUUCACUCACCAGGAAGUUGUUGCCCUAUGUUCUUUAUGCUCUCCUCCCCAUAGCUGUUUUUCGCUUCUACUUUCACCCUUUUCCUUUCCCUCUAUCCACCUCAGAUCAGCUUCCUCACCCCAACCGCAUCAUCCUCACCACUUCUUCUUCUUCUUCUUCUUCACCUCCUCCUUCAUCCUUCUCUAGAGAAGAGGAAAUAGCUAAUGAAACUCCAUGUAACUACACCUAUGGCAGAUGGGUAUAUGACAAGAUGGGGCCUUUAUACAAUGGCACAACCUGUGGUACAAUUAAGGAAGGUCAAAAUUGCAUCACACACGGGAGACCUGACUUGGGUUACCUUUACUGGAGAUGGCAACCAAGCCAAUGCAAUCUCCCAAGGUUUGAUCCCAACACUUUCUUCAACCUCCUAAGUAACAAGCAUAUAGCUUUUGUUGGUGACUCUAUGGCUAGGAACCAAUUGGAAUCACUUCUUUGCAUGCUAGCCACUGCCUCCUAUCCUAACCUGGUUUACAAAAAUGGGGAGGAUAACAAGUUUCGUAGAUGGCAUUUUGCUUCUCAUAACAUUACUGUAUCAGUUUAUUGGUCACCAUUUCUGGUUAAAGGUGUUGAGAAAUCAAAAACUGGCCCAGAUCAUAAUGAAUUGUAUGUAGAUGUUGUUGACGAGAGGUGGGGAUCUGAUUUGGAGCAUAUAGAUAUGGUUGUACUCUCAAUAGGGCAUUGGUUUCUUCAUCCAGCAGUGUAUUAUGAGGGUGGUUCGGUUUUAGGUUGCCAUUACUGCCCUGGACUAAAUCACACUGAGAUUGGAUUUUAUGAUGUGAUGAGGAAGGCCAUAAAGACCGCACUUAAGGCAAUAAUUGAAAGGAAGUCGACUGAUGGUAAUGGAAUUGAUGUGUUUUUAACCUCUUUUUCACCUUCACAUUUUGAAGGUGAAUGGGAUAAGGCUGGUGCUUGUCCCAAGACGAAGCCUUACGAGGAAGGAGAAAAGAUGGUUGAAGGAAUGGAUGCAGAUAUGAGAUCAAUUGCCAUUGAAGAAAUGGAAGCUGCUAAGGUAAAUGCUAAGAAAUUCAAAGGAUUGAGACUAGAGACAUUGGAUGUGACUAAAUUAUCAUUAAUGAGACCAGAUGGUCAUCCCGGGCCUUACAUGUAUCCAUUUCCAUUCGCUGACGGCGUUCAAGAACAUGUUCAGAACGACUGUGUACAUUGGUGUCUUCCAGGUCCUAUAGAUACAUGGAAUCAGAUAGUGUUAGAAGUUAUUAGGAGAUGGAGUGUUGUAUCAAAGAGAGAGGAGUGAGGGAAUACAGAUACCAGAUUCUGGGUUUUGUUUUCAUUUUGCAUUUCUGUUGUAUUUGUUGGUGUAUAUUUCUUUCUCAAAACAAGCAAUUUUGUUUGGGGUCA